AUGCAUGUUGCCAAAAUUGUCCAAUGUUUGAGUAAAAGUAAAUGCAAGGCUUUAAUUGGAUUCCCAUGCAUUUACAGUUUGUUUUGUGGACAUAGUAAUGUGUCCAAUUGUAAGCUUCUGUCAGAAGAUGUCCAAGCUUUCAAAGCUCUUCGAGAACUUGGAGAAUAUUUUGUAAGCACUAAAGAACUUCACAAGAGGCUGGAAGAGCAUAGUUUUGAGAGAUAUACCCACGAGGUUGAGCUGGCUUUGCUUCAAAGUUUUCUUGAUCUCAAGCCAUUCAAAGAAAAUACGAAAUGGGCCUCAGCAUCAAAUAAAAUUAUCCCCAAAGUAACUGGCGUUCGCUUCGAAAAUAUUGGCGAGGAGGUCAUCUUCAAAGUAAUUGGGAAUGAGAUGUGGAAAUCUUCUGGAUCAGAAAUUCAGACAACAAUCAAAGUAAAGAGCAUUUGCCACGAAGAUCAAGUUAACGUUCGUUUGAGAACGCAUUUUCAAUGCAGCAAACAUCUCCCUGCAUUCCAGGUUAAAGCAAAAACCACGACGUACACAGUCACAAAAAGGCAACAGCAACUUGCAAAGCAUCGUCCCAGCGAGAUAAUUGAAUUGGCGUAUCUCAGUGCUCUGUUGGAAAAACGUCAUGACGCUGAUAGAUCUGUCAGAAUGAAAUCCAUCCAGGACUUUUUUAAGAACGCUGUAUCAGUGGUGCCAAUUGAAAGUCUUUUUUAUGCUAUGGGAGAAAGCAGCUUAAACGUUAUGUUAGACUGCUGUGAAAUAGUUUCCGCAGGCAAUAUCGAUCUAAAGACAUUGGCUAUCUCUGGUUUUUUAAUAAAACCACUAAAAAUCGCCUUUUGUCGCAUACGUCAUGGACUUUCAUGCAUGAAAGCAUUGCCUUCCGAUGUAUCUUUUGAAGAGAAAUACAAUUUUUUCGUUAAUCGAUUUUAUAAAACACCGACUUCAUGCAAAUCGCCCACAUGGAAACGGAACAGAUUAAUUUUCUUUGCUCAAGAAAAUACGGAACUACGACCCAAUCCUAUGUUGCGAUGGGGUGAUAUUAAGUACUUACUGAAUAAGACUAAUGCACUCCUUGUUUCUCUUCUUCAUGAAGACGUUCCUCGACCAAGAUUCGGAGGAAGUGCAAAAAGAACAACUUUUCCUGCAUGUGAGACAGACCUACAGGUGAUUUAUCCAUCUUCGGAUAAGUUUGGCGAAAGCAAGACGAAGAUUCGUUGUAGUAAAGCUCCAAUCACAUUGCUAGUCGAUGGUAAAGAAAGACUCCAACAACUGGGUGAAAAACUAAAUGUGGAGAGCUCCUUUUGUAACGCGAAUAACGAGAUGCUGAACGUUUUGUAUGACUUGCUUAUUGAGUUUGAGACUUGCAAUGCUCUACUUGGUGAAUUCAUGCAAUCCCAAGUUCACAUCCCUCUCGAGCAAGCUGGUAAUGACAAGUACGUUGAUGAAUUUGCCAGACAAGAUGCCAACUCAAGGGGUUUAUCUGUGUGGGCAUUGUUGAUUGUGCCGUUUAACUAUUUGCAGCAAAUGGUAAGAUCAUCUGAAAGGUUUGGAAAAAUUGUCAUUGAAUUCUCUCGUCGCAUUAACGAUUUUCGGGAGUACAUAUUUCCUUCCGAGGAACUCGAGUUUCCUGACUACGACGAAAAGUUAAACUUUCUUGUGGGUAGCAUGAAGAAAGGAGUUACAUGCAACAAGAGUUACAUCAGUUAUUCUCUCGAACGGCAACUUGAGCGCCAAGGCAAGAAGAGGAACAUUUUUCACAACACUCCAAUUGAAAAUAUUCUUCAACAAUGGAAUGCUAACUUUGAGGAAGAAACUUUGACGCUAAGGAACAUUUUUCACAACACUCCAAUUGAAAUUAUUCUUCAACAAUGGAAUGCUAACUUUGAGGAAGAAACUUUGACGCUAGUGCCAUAUGAGUACCGUCCACUGAUUGCCCGAUGGAUCAGAUGGUCAUUGAUGAUCAAUUAUCUUAGAGAGAGUUUAGCCAAGCAGUGCGCAGUCGGUGUUGUGGGACUGGUUAAUUCAGGGAAAUCAAAGUUUGUCAGCUCCAUGUUUGAAGUACAGACAGCGAGUGGAACAACUGAUGAAAGACGUACCACAAUUCCUUUGAUUUAUAACUUGGAUGAACACAUCAAAGGUUUGGAUGUCAUUGAUUUUCCUGGUGUUGAUGAUCGUGAUGAGUCAAUUCCGAAAAUUGCUGAAUUGCUGUUUUGUUUGACUCGGAUUGUCGUAUUUGUUGUCGAUUACAGGAAAGUCCAUACAGAAUCAACGAAAAAAUGGCUUUCCAUACUUGAGAAAGAAAAUGUUCCCGUUCUUAUUUGUUUAACAUUUGCUGACAGACUUUUUGCUGAAUUAAUGGGGAAAGGAGGUGAUUGUGGCAUGGAGACAAUAAAAGCUAGAGUGGAGAGUCAAUUGGAAUGCAUCAAGACUAAAAUUGGAUUGCCAGAAAGCGGUCAUCAACGCGACUUUAAACUGGCUGUGUUUGCUCUUGGCAAUGAUUCCAAACUUAAUUCUGACGAGGGGAAAGCAAUGCUACGUAGAGUUGGUCUUUGUGAUGAACUUGACGUGGGCCGUUGGAUUGCGGAGAAAUUAGAUGAUGAAUAUGAAUCACAUGAAAUCUCACAGAAUCUUCUCAAAUACAUAGAGAACAAGAAAAGCAGUACUAUAGACUCGUGCAAGGUUGGUGCAUUAUUCAAUCUAAAAUGCUGUGUCUAA